ACUAAAUCAGCUGAGGCACCAGUUGAAACAUGGCCUUACAUCGCACUCUAGCAAAUCAUGGCUCCCAGCAGCAUAUGCGACAGCUGAGCAGAUUUUUCUUGAGGUAUUUAAGUGGGGAUUCUAUCAGAGAUGGCUUUGUUGGAAUGGUUGGACGGACACCUUUACUGAAACUUAAUAAAUUAAGUGAGGCAACUGGUUGUACAAUUGCGGUGAAGGCAGAGUUUGCAAAUGGUGGUGGUUCAGUCAAGGACAGAGCGGCUCUCUUUCUAAUCAAAGAUGCCAUAGAGAAAGGCCAGCUGAAACCUGGUGGGACAGUGGUUGAAGGAACUGCAGGAAACACAGGUAUUGGACUGGCUCAUAUUUGUAAUGCUAUGGGAUUUAAGUGUGUUAUAUAUAUGCCAGAUACACAGUCCAAGGAAAAGAUUGAUCUUCUUAGGUCUCUGGGUGCUGAUGUUAGGCCAGUACCAGCAGUGGCUUUCACUGACCCCAAUAACUACAAUCAUCAGGCGAUGCGUUUUGCGGAUAGUAUAGACAACGCAGUGUGGACUAAUCAGUUUGAUAAUACAGCAAAUAAAAGAGCUCAUAUAGAAACGACAGGACCAGAGAUAUGGCAACAAACAGAUGGUAAAGUUGAUGCUGUUGUGUUUGGUACGGGAACUGGUGGAACUUUAGCAGGUGUUGCAACUUAUCUUAAAGAAAAAAAUAAUAAAAUUCAAGCUUAUUUAGCUGAUCCACAGGGUAGUGUACUUUAUAAUUACAUCAAACACGGUAAACUUGAACGAUCUGAGGGAAGUUCAAUAACGGAGGGCAUAGGUCAAGGUCGAAUCACAGAAAACCUCAAAGGAGCUCCCAUUGAUGAUGCGUUCCUCGUCACAGAUAAAGAAGCUGUUGAAUGGACCUUCAGAUUGUUACAUGAAGAAGGAUUCUUUGUUGGUGCUUCUUCUGGCCUUAAUGUCGCUGGUGCUAUUCAGGCUGCAAGACUGAUGGGUCCAGGACACACAAUUGUCACAUGUUUGUGUGACACUGGACAAAGAUAUUAUGCCAAACUCUUCAGUAGAAAAGUACUCCAAGGAAAAGGUGUUUUAGAUGCUGUUCCUGAGGCUUACAGAGCAGCGCUGAAUGACUGAGUUUCUUUUUCGAUAUGCCUUACAUUAAACGAAAAAAAAGUUUUCUUUUUAUGUUACACAUGUAUACAUGUUGAAUAUUAGAAUUAUAUAAUAUUGAAAUUGAGAAAUUUAGAAUUAUAUAAUAUU